AUGCACAGCGCCCAUCUGCCCGCGAUUUGCGUGUCUGCAACAGGCCAGCUCCGCGAGGCGACAGCUCCGCGAGGCGACAGGUUGGCUGUUUCCAUCGGGCAGUGCACGAACCGUCAAAAAUGUGACAGAUUUUCACACCUUUUCGGCAAAGAGAAGAAGAUGAACAAGCGGAAGAAUGGACAACUUGUCGCACUCUGUCUCGGCCAGAAAAGGGAGGUGUAG